CUUUUUCAAGCUUGACAUUUCCCUUUGUGCAAUCACUGAAACCAACGUUGGUCUACAUACGAUAAGCGUUGUUACCCCUGUAUAUACGCUAUGCCAUUUGUUAAAACGGAACCUUCCAACAAUGACUCGGAAAUGGCAGCGCACAUGCCUCCCACUGGAUUUACAUCGCCUGUGUUCCCCACCCCUCCUUCACCUACUCUAAAUAGAGCAAAAUAUGUCGUUGGUGUUUGUGCCAUGGAUUGCAAAGCAAGAUCAAAGCCUAUGCGAUACAUAUUGAACCGACUUCUUGCACAUGGUGAUUUUGAAAUCGUUAUCUUUGGCGACAAAACGAUUUUAGAUGAAGAUAUCGAGAAAUGGCCGGGGUGUGAUUUCUUAAUAUCAUUUUUUUCAUCCGGGUUCCCUCUUGAAAAGGCUAUACAGUAUACCAAGCUUCGUCGACCCUACAGUGUCAAUUCGCUACCGAUGCAGCAUCUGCUUUGGGACCGUCGUAUUGUCCUGACCAUUUUGAAUAAGAUUGGUGUUCCUACCCCCUAUAGACUUGCUGUCUCUCGAGAUGGAGGCCCAACCAUUGAACCUGAAGCCGCAAAGGCCUUUAAGCGAAGAAAUGGAAUGGACUUGGAACAAUUGAUAAAGGAUACAUAUUCCGGCGAGCUUGAUCUAGAAAUACUCGAAGACGGAAUUCGAGUUAAUGGUGAAACGUUGAGCAAACCUUAUGUUGAGAAGCCUGUAGACGGCGAAAAUCACAAUAUCAACAUCUAUUUCAGCGGUGGCGAAGGCGGUCGUAGACUGUUUCGAAAAGUUGGAAACAAAUCAAGUGAAUACGACAAAGACCUAAACCGUCCUCGAGAUGAAGGUUCCUAUAUUUAUGAACAGUUCAUGAAUGUCGAUAACGCAGAAGAUGUUAAAGUUUAUACUGUCGGCCCGAACUAUACACACGCUGAAACUCGCAAAUCACCUGUAGUAGAUGGACAUGUUAAACGAAACACGGAUGGAAAAGAAAUUCGCUAUUGUGUUGAGCUCACUCCUGAGGAAAAAGAGAUGGCGCGCAAGUUAUCGGCCGCCUUUGGACAAACCAUAUGUGGGUUUGACUUGCUCCGAGUCAACGGCAAAUCAUAUGUCAUCGAUGUCAAUGGUUGGUCAUUUGUGAAAGGAAGCGAAUCAUACUACGAUAAUUGCGCUCGAAUUCUGAGUGAUGCAUUCAAGAGAUCUGUGCGUCGAAGAAAUUCCAUCAUCGAUAUUCCUCCGGAGAUAUCUCCAGAGCACUCCUGGCGACUUAAAGGAUUUGUAGCCGUCUUGAGGCACGCCGAUCGAACCCCAAAGCAAAAAUUCAAAAUCUAUGUUACAUCAAAACCAUUUGUGGAUCUUUUGCAAGGCAGUGAGAAAGAAGUAGUGUUUCGCCAAAAACAUCAACUUGCUGAAUUCCAAAGCGCCACCGUCAUUGCCAAAAAUGAACUGCUGGAAGACGAGGAGAAGCUGGACAACAUUCUUGAAAUUCUGAACAAGAAAAGUGAAAUGCCUGGAACCAAAGUUCAACUCAAACCGUAUUUUGAAAUGGAGUCAGGCAAUCUGGUCAAAAUUCAGCUUAUCGUGAAGUGGGGUGGUGAAUUCACUCAUGCUGGUCUACAUCAGGCUCGAGAUUUUGGGAACAAUUUGAGAAAGGAUAUGAUAAUCAUGAAUCGAAAUUUACUCCAAAACAACGUCAAGAUCUAUAGUAGUUCAGAACGUCGAGUAAGAGCCACUGCGGACGUUUUUGCCAGGUCCUUCUUAGGUGGUGUAGAUGAUUUGGAAGGCAUCAUUACUGAGAGCAAAGUUCUCCUGGACGAUAGCAAUGCUGCAAAAGAGCAAUGCGACAGAGUCAAGAUCAAGUUGAAGGAAGCGUUGUCCUCAGUCCCGGACUCUACGGCAGGCACAAGCGAUCAACAAUCACGGAAGUCACAAGCAAGCCAUCCUGGCGUGAUUGCUAAAGAGAUUGUCAGCCUCAUGCGUCAGCUCAGGCAGAUCAUGCGCAACAAUUUUGCAUCCAUGGAUAUUGAAUCGAUUCAGCGUCGAUGGUGCUGCCACGAAUCACCUGCCUUGUUUAAGGAACGAUGGGAGCGCCAUUUCAAAGACUUUUGCUUCGAUGACGAUACUGAUGACAUUGAAAGUAACUCGAGCGCAAGUGAAAUCGACCGAGAAGAACAAAACGUGAAGUUAUUCGCACCAUCCAAAAUACCAGAAUUGUAUGAUACCUUGAAGUACGAUGCCUUACAUAAUCGAGCUUUUAUGACGACUAUCUUUGUGGACCAAGAUACCAUACCACCGCCAAGGAAAAGCGACGUUUCUGAUACCUACUCAAGAGCAUCAACCGAAUCCAACUUGUGGAAAGUUGAUGAUGGAUUGCAAGACUUGAAGAGGCUGUACCACUGCGUGAGGAUACUCUUCGACUUCAUUGCACCACAGGAAUUUGGUAUGACUGACGAAGAGCAAAGAGAAAUUGGUAUGCUCAUCAGUUUACCAUUAAUGAAGAAGAUAAUGAAAGAUCUGGAGGAAAUCAAGGCACUCGAUGACCCUCGAACUAGGUUGUACUUUACCAAAGAGUCACACGUGCAUACCCUGCUGAAUUUGAUAUUCCAGACAGGUAUACCCACCAAAACUCCUCGUUCAAUGCUACCUGAACUUGAUUACUUAACUCAAAUCACAUUUGAGCUGUAUGAGCGACAGCUGUCAUCUACAGAAAAGGAGCAUUCUCUUCGAAUUGGGUUUAGUCCUGGAGCUCACUAUGACAGUGUCCUAGAUUUGCAAAUGGACGCUGAGCACUGUUUGAAGACCGCACCCAGAAGAACAUUGGUGGGUCAUCUCCCCCUGGAAGAAAUACUGAAUCGUAGCUGGAGUUGCAUUAAGCAACCAGACACGGACGAAAUCGAGCGUCAAAUAGAAGAAUGCAAGUUCUACUACGCUCAAGAAGAUGAUUAAAUUAUAGAGAAAAAAAAAUCCCAUCCCAAAACAACUAAUAUCUUGUUUUUUUUACUGCUCCUUCCAUACAUGCAUUCCAUCUCACUGUACUGUUGUUCAUCAUUUAUAGAAAAUACAUGUCUGUUACUCUUCAAUUAGAACUCACUAUGUUUGUAUAGAGGAUUUAGAUUUUUAUUUUUAAUCCAAGACAAUUGGAAAAAUUGACAAGUGAGCACAAGUCGACAUGCAAGAGAGUAUUUGUGAUAGAUACAAAUACCGCCUUGCCUGAUGAUACAUGCUCGCGAAAACGGUUUCUUUAACGGUUGGC